CAGGGAGAAGAUGACAAAUUUCUCAAAGAUCAGCUGUUGCCCGGGAAGUUCCAAGAAGCCUGCAAGACCCACAAUGUGCCGCUCCUUCUGAGGCUGCAACCUGGUUACGACCACUCCUACUAUUUCAUUGCGACCUUCAUCGAUGACCACAUCAGCCACCAUGCCCAGGCCCUUAACCUCUGAAUUUUCUCGAGAGUGUGAUCUUUCAUUACCAUGUACGGUCUCAAACUUUUGGUCCUCCCUUCUACAGCGACGUGCAGAAAUAUGGCUGUGCUGCAUGAUUCUGUUCUGCAGUUUGCUCGAGUACUGGAGUAUUUGGAUUUCACUCCUUUUGUGGAGGUUAGAUUGGAUGAUCUAAUGAUCACGUUAUAUUUUGUAGUUACUAGCACAAGAAGUGGACCCGCGUUGAUAUAUUAUGAAGCAAACAUAACUAAAGUAUUUCGUGACAAAUGAAGCUUUUAAUCAGAUCUCUA